AUGGCUGGAUUUGCAUCAAAGAAAGUUCUUAUGCUCGGUGCGGGCUUCGUUACACGCCCAACCUUGGAUAUCCUCAGUGAAGCAGGCAUUCAAGUUUCUGUUGCAUGCAGAACUCUCGAAAGUGCCAAGAAGCUCUCUGAAGGAGUGAAGAAUGCUCACCCAAUUUCCCUCGAUGUUACAGACGACAAAGCUCUCGAUGCCGAAGUUGCUAAGAAUGAUUUGGUCAUUAGUUUGAUCCCAUAUACCUUCCACGCUACCGUCAUCAAAUCUGCCAUCCGAAACAAGAAGAAUGUCGUCACAACCAGUUAUGUUUCCCCAGCAAUGAUGGAGUUGGACGAGGACGCCAAGAAUGCUGGUAUCACAGUUAUGAACGAGAUUGGUUUGGAUCCAGGAAUCGAUCACUUGUAUGCUGUUAAGACAAUUGAGGAGGUACACAAGGCUGGUGGAAAGAUUCUAUCUUUCUUGUCAUACUGUGGAGGUCUUCCAGCUCCAGAAGCUUCAGACAAUCCUCUCGGUUACAAGUUCUCUUGGUCCUCCCGUGGUGUUUUGUUGGCUUUGAGAAAUGCUGCAAGAUUCUAUAGAGAUGGAAAGGUGGUUGAUGUUGCCGGUCCAGAGUUGAUGGGUACCGCCAAGCCAUACUUCAUCUACCCAGGAUACGCAUUUGUCGCCUACCCAAACAGAGAUUCUACUCCUUACAAGGAACGUUACAACAUCCCCGAAGCACAAACUAUCAUUAGAGGUACUUUGAGAUAUCAAGGUUUCCCAGAAUUCAUCCGUGUCUUGGUUGAUAUGGGAUUCUUGAGUGAUGAAGACCAAGGAUUCUCCAAGCCAAUUUCCUGGAAGGAGGCCACACAAAAGGUUCUUGCAGCAUCAUCAAGCUCCGAGGAGGAUUUGAAGUGGGCAAUUGCUUCCAAGGCCAAAUUCGAGAGCACUGAAGAAAAGGAACGUAUCAUGAACGGUCUUAGCUGGGUUGGUAUCUUCUCCGAUGAGAAGAUCAUUCCCCGCGGCAACCCUCUCGAUACUCUCUGUGCCACUCUUGAGAAGAAGAUGCAAUUCGAAGAGGGUGAGCGUGAUUUCGUCUUGUUGCAACACAAGUUUGAGAUUGAGCACAAGGAUGGAAAGAAGGAGACUCGUACAUCCACAUUAGUGGAAUACGGUGAUCCAAAGGGAUACUCGGCCAUGGCAAAAUUGGUCGGUGUACCAUGUGGUGUUGCUGUCAAGCAAGUUCUUGAUGGAACGAUUAGUGAGAAGGGUAUUCUGGCACCAAUGACCUCCAAGAUCAACGACCCAUUAAUGGAGGAAUUGAAGAAAUACGGAAUUACAUUGGUUGAAAAGACUAUUUCUUAG